CUCUGCAAGAACGUCGUCGCAAGGCGAAGUACUGACGAAUGGGAGGGAGUAGGGGGGUUGGGGUAAUUUGAGUGGGUCCAUUCUUACUACCGGUAGGCACUCCAUAGAAAACGCAGGCAGGGUGUCAGUGUAUCAUACGAAUCAAAGAUCACCGACCUAUGAUGCCGUCAUCAAAACUGCUUGCCGUUGCGUUGGCCGUGCAGAUCGUCACGUUCUAUUGUUUCCUCCCCCUUGCCGCGGCGCAGGGUGAAAUGCUGCUGCGACGGCGGGCGCGGGGGCGGGAGGAGGAGCUCCAUCGACUUUCCCGCCAUCUGCAGCAUAACAUGCUCGACGGGGUGAUGGACAACGACCGCGACGUCCACGUGGACAGCAGGGUGCUUACCGCGGGAAAGCUGGCGGCGUCAUCAGUGUCUCCGCGGGCGCAAUCGGAGUCCUUACCGCCGCUAUCUGAGAAUGUGCCGCCGCAAUCAUCGGAGUUUCCGCCGCAGCGAUCGGAGGAGCUUGCGCCGCAGCCAUCGGAGUUUCCGCCCGCGCAACCGUCGGAGUGUCCGCCGCUCGAUAAUCAGACGCUGUUGACCGGGUGUAAGACCGUCGUCUCACACGUGGCGGCUCCUCCUUUCGAGGGGCGGUAUGUGGUCCCUGGCGCGGAAUACUGCAUGAGAAUCAUUCGCAACAUAGUCCUCUCUGCAGACGGGCUGCACUUCUACUACAUUUUGGAACGGCGCUGUGAAGACACGGACGGCAGGAUUGUCCGGACGGCGAUGUCUUGCAUGUCGGCCGAUCUGACACGUGUCAAGCAGGGAGUCGCCGAGCUCGCCGCCACGAGAGUCAUCAGCCACUGGUGGCAGGCCGCCAGACCGAACGGCUCCGCCCCGCGGACUGCUGUGGCUUUCGAACGAGACAGAGCCACGCCGUACAUGACCGAGCUUACCGGCUUGGAGUUGUCGAAGAGGUCAACCCAUCUCCUCCUCACUGCCUACAGCGCGAGUCCCUCCGAUCCGUCGUGGAUCGUGGCGGUGAACAUCAUCAAUGGCACACGGACGUCGAUCGAGAUUGACGCACAAUUGGCAACGGGAUUGGCAUUCAAUCCCGCGAAAACCGAGCUGUACAUCAGCGACAUAUACGAUCCGCCGGAGAUCUUCGCAGUCGCGGUCGACGAUCCCGAUGUUCCUAGCGGAUACGUGGCCUUGAGAAAAGUCAUGGCUUUUGACAGUUACCUCUCGAGCGCGAAUGGCAGCUCCCCCGUGGUUGGGCCGUACGGCUUCGAUGGCGAUGGCGGCUGCCUCUACUUCGUCGAUCAGGACUUCAAUCGGCUGUGGGGUUUUGAGACCGCGACUCGCACUGUGAAGCUCAUUGCGGCCGGAAGCGACGAUUCCGCCGCGCUCUCCUCCACGUCGGGAUCCCUUCCCCCCCUGCUCAUCGAGAUGGAGGGCACCAUGGUCGAGCUGGCUGCCACGUCGGACGGGUUGACCAUCUUCGUCAUCACCUUCGCCGGCGAGCUGUUCAGCAUCAGCUUGGCUUCCCCGUGCGAAGCGGCUAUGGCCGCUAACAAGCUGAUUCAAGUCCCGCAGUCGUCCCUCCUUGGACUCGCCAUCAGUAAGGCGGGGGAUUACCUGCUCGUCGGGACCAAUUACGGUCAAGUCUUGGAACUUUCAACGAAUCUUUCUUCCUCUAUUUCAAAUCCGCCUCCCGCUUCCCCCUCAGGCUCAUCGGUAUCCCCGACGUCCGGACCGUCUGCAGCAUCUCAACCACAACCAUCCUCUCCUCUCCGCGGCACUGGCGUCUGACUUCUCAACCAAACCUCACACGUUCCCCGCGUCCUGUUUAUCCUCCGCUAAAGAGAGUACUACUAGCAAUUAGGGAAC